AUCAAAUAAAAUUAAAAAAAUAUUCAUAUAAAAAACUACGUACGAAUGAUUUCCCAAUCUUGAGCGAUGGCAGUAAUUUUCGCAUUGAUAACUUGUUACAUCGCUUACGUUUCGUAAUUUUUAGCACAGUAGAAAGCCAAGAUAAAGGAAACCGAAGUGUUAUGAAUAACAAAAAAUAUUGGAAGAUGUUGACGUAGCGCAGUGGGAGAGGUAUCACUAACUCGAUUACUCAAAUUGAGUUAUGAUUCCUUUGCAUAGGGCUCCAAUGUUUUUCUAAUUAGAAAAAAAUAGAUGGCAACGCAGUAAAAUGUGGCACUUUAAUGUGAUGAACGGGUCCGAUUUGCCUCCCGUAAGCGAGGAUACAUUUUGUAAACAAAUUUUAAAUUCGGGGAUAAAUAACUCAAGGGUCCGAAUUUGGGAUCUGAUUAUACUGAUACCGAACGCUCUGUUCGUGUUGUUCCUAGUGGUGAGGUUUAACAAGGCGCAGCUGAAGCUGCGAGCGACGAGUAGCCCGAUAUUCCUGACUUUUUAUUCGUUGGUGUGGGGCAACGUUAUAAUAAGCGUGGUGCGAUGUGCGGUGGCGAUGACGCUGAAUGCCCCCAUGCCGCUGGGCGGGCAGGUGGACAAGGUGUUGUGGGUCAUGGUCAAGUUUUUUUUAUUGGCCACCGAGAUGAGUGUUGUAAUCUUCGGUUUAGCAUUUGGUCACAUGGAUAGCCGGAGCAGUAUACGAUAUGUCCUGAUGGCAACCUCGUUCAUAUCUCUGGCUUUCACUAUAACUCAAGGAACGCUGGAGUUCAUGAAGACUGAUGAUGACACUCUGAUAGCGGGGGAUACGGACUUGUUUGAGCAUGGCGGAGUGCUUUUCUGGUUUACUUCGUCUCUUGUGUUCGCAUUCAUCUAUUUUCUGAUAUUGAUAUUGCCCUGGACACCACUGAGAGAAUAUUUGGCUUUACCAACGAAACUGUCCUUCUACCUAUACAUCCUGCUACUGGCGCUCCUCGACGCGACGCAGGCCGCCGGCGCGGGCAUGCUGCUGUGGGGCCCUAUACCCUCAGGGCUGUGCGUCGUGGACGUGACCACGUGGCUGUACUACUCGCUCUACACCCCGCUAGUCUACCACACGUUCCUCAGCGAGUUCUUCAGUGUAUCCCAGCCAAGCAUCAUGUUCUCAUACAAGGCGCAGAUGGACGAACCUCUGGACGACGACCAGGUGUCGCUGCCGCACCAGCAGAGCUUCAGCUCGCUCAAGACCGACUCCGAUUACAUCUACCAGCAAAGCAACAGCGUGUACGACAGCACCCUGUUCGAGGCCGGCGGCACCACGCCCAUGAACCCCGUGUACUCGGCCUCGCUGCAGAGCCCGGACUCUAUCGCCUCUGCGCAGUCCACAUAACGAUAAGGUCACACUCAUCCAAAGAUAUUAGUGAU